ACAGAGUCAGCUAAUGUUGCUAACUGAAGGCUGGUGGAAAAAUGAACGACCAGUUUUCACUGAAUAAAAUCGACAGUGCCCUCUUUCAGCUUGCUCUUCAUAGUCGGGAGGUUUCCCAAAAGAAGAAUGAAAUCGACCAACGAAUUACAGUUUGCAGAGCUGACAUUGCCAAGAAGAUAUCUCAUAAUGAAGCAAUGCAAAAAAAUAUAAGGAAACUAAAGGAUGAAAUCAGGAUGAAGCAGAGUGCAGUGAAUGGGGGAAAUGUUAAAAGCAAGAAGGCGACUCACAGCCUGCUUCUUCAGUAUAACCAGACACUGAGAGCAGAACUGGACAACAGAAAAAUCACUCACAACAGUGACAUGGAAGUCUACAAAGAGAGAAUCACUACCUGCUGGAAGAAAUUCCAGUCACAAAAGGAGUAUUUUUACCAAAAUCCCCUCGCUCAAAAGCUCCUCAAGCUGCAGGCUGAAAACGAGGAGACAAAGUGUAGUAUCAAGGCUUGUGAUGACCAAAUAAAAAUCACAGAGAAGGAGCUGGACAAUCUCACCGGUCCAGAGGUUGAUUCUUCCUCAAAUGAGAAACUACCAGACAGUGUUCCAGACCAGCAGCACAUAGGAGCAGAGAAACAAUUAGACCCUCAGACAGAGGAGGAGAGUAGUUCUUCCAUUGAUAUUUCUUCACUUAAUCUCAACCAGACCAAGGUGCAGUGCGCUACUGUCAGCAGCCCUCCCCCAGAAGAGGAAAGCACUAAGCAGUGGUCAUGUCAUCCAUUGGAUGAGCAAAUACAGUCAGAUGAGAUGCACACUGAGGUGCAGGAACAGGAGCCUGGACAAGAGGACCAAGUAUUGCAAUCUACAGCAUCAGGCGUGGAGGGGGCGAUGGAAGAACGAGCAGCUAUAGAUGAAGGGCAGGCGCCGAGUGAAGAGGACGAGGGACUCGCUGCUUUUCCUCAGUCAUCACCUCAAGAAACGAUUCCUCAACCCUCCCCGGCAGAAAUGACAGCCGUGCCUUCAACCCCGACAUUCAGAUUUGCCUUUAGCCCUGACAGCCCCCCACAUAAAGGCCCCUCUGAUACCAAAUCUCCAGCUUUCCUGUUCUCUCUGAACUCCGAGCCCAGCACCCCGGGCUUCUCUGGCUUUGGAUUUGACUUCAGCUCGUCACAGGAUGAGGAGACGUCUUUCGCUUUUAGCGGCUCUCUUUUCAAUGCGAAGAAAACCACAGAAUCGAAGUCCUCAACAUCAGGUCCUGAGUUCCUGUUCGGCCAACCAGAGCAAGGUGAAGACUUCCAGUUUACCUUUAGCUCCAAGAGCCCUCAGGCCACUAACAAAGAUAACACCAGGGAUGAGUUUCCAUUUUCAUUCAACUUUUGAGAGCUAGAAGCAAGUGUUCAUCAGGCUAGUUCAUCAACUUCUUUUCUUUGGUUAUGUUCUCAUAUAGUGGGUAAUGACAAAUACCUUAGGUAAGAGUUCAUCCUUUAACGCUGUUAUAAAACUCAAACAGUUAAAAAUCUAAGUGAAGUUGCCGGGUAGGUUUUUUUGUUCUGUUAAACAUGUUAACUUAUUAUCUUAUUUCAAUAGCUGUUCACAUGACAAAGAACACAUUUCUAAUCUCACUGUUGAAUGACAUUUUAUUGAAGAUUAGCGUAGUAUCAAAAAACCCACAACAUGUGUCACAUUUCUUUACAGAUUUUUCAUUGUUAAGUAAAGCAGUUGUGAAGUUUAUUACACCGUGUAACAAACUGCCAAUUGGUAUUUUGUGAAUUGCUGUUUUGUUUGCAUUAAUUACUAACAGAGGCACUGUUUUAGUCUCACACAGUUCAAAAUAAAAUUAAAUUAACAUUUCACUGGUCUCAGUCACAUUUUGACAAUAAAGGAGUUGAACACAAAUCAGAAUAAAAUACAACCACUGGACCCUUAAAAAAAAUUCUGCAAAUUAUAGAGGAAUGUCAAAAAUUCAGAAGCUCUAAUUUUUAGCUGGAUAACACAGACAUACUACUUUUACUAAAGGUUUCUGAUUAUAUUAUUUCAUACCACACCACAUACAAGCCGUGCAUUGAUACAUAUAAUACAAUCUUUUUGGCACAUCUGAUUUUCUUUUUUUACGGCCACGAUUUAACUACACAGAGACUCACUUGACACAAGCAGUAGCAAAUCUCUACUAAACGCAACAAAUGAAUACCUGAAGUACUUUUUUACAUUAUUAAACAUACAGUAGCUUCUUUGACACUGUCAAGACUGAGAUCAAUGUUGGCUUUAAAAGUCUUCAGUCCUGUAAACGUACAUAGCACCGAAUUUAAAACCAUUCAUUGAGGAAUACUUCACCCACAAAAUGAUGAUUUACAUAACAAUUACUCACCCUGUGUUACACUGGAUUUGUGAAGAUGACUUCGUUUUUCUUUCAAGCCUCUAUGAUGACCAAAGAAUCCAAAAACGGUGAACAUUCUCGAUGAAUUGAAGUAAAGGGGGGCUUUGUUUAACAACAGUAUAACUAUAUCAAAACAUCUUUACAAACUCUCACACAGCUCAUGCAGUGUAAUCCAAGACUAAUUUAUCCAGUCGUAUGCUCAAUAAUUCCCAAAUUCUCACUAAAACCUUACUAUUUAAAAACA